AUGAUUCUUUUUCCAUGUAUAUUAAAAGUUUCUCAUGCUAAAAACGAUGAUGGUGGUUCAAUUGAGUCAAUACAAUCAUUUGCCUGUGAUGUUUGCACUUAUUCUGUUAUGUUGUGUGAGAAAAAUUACAAUGAAUCUUACACAUCAAUAAAUUAUCAAAUGUUACAAUAUUGUCAAAAUCUUGGAAGAUAUGCAUCUAAUUGUAAAGAAAUAUCUCGAAAAUAUUUACUUAAAAUUUAUUCUGCUGUACAUAAUCCAAGUAUAAAUAAUGGACAAAUUUGUCUUUUAGACGAUCUUUGUUCGGACGAUUAUGAAUUCAACUGA